ACCACCCCCGAAUUUCAUGCUAAAGAUGGCAGUUCUGGAUGCGUUGGUUCUUCUGAUCUUUCUGCAUCAGUUUCAGUCCCUGUUAUUGAUCUUGGUCUUCUGCCAUCCUCAAAAGAUGAACAGGGAAAACUAAAAUUGGCUCUCUGUUCUGGAGGAUGUUUCCAGGCUAUUGGCCAUGGGAUUUCCAAUUCAUUUCUAAACAAAGUCCGUGGAGUUGCAGAACAGUUUUUUCAACUUCUGCAGGAAGAGAAGCAGAAGUAUUCCAGAGCAGGCUAUGAUUUGGUAGUCUCAGAAAAGCAAGUUCUUGACUGGAAUACUCGCUUGUUUCUUAGGGUAUUUCCUGAACAUCAAAGAAAGCUCAAUCUUUGGCCAGAAAACCCAGAUAAAAUCAGAGAGGUCUUGCAUGAAUAUUCCAUCAAGCUAAAGCAACUGGUGGAUCUUCUCUUUAAGGCCAUGGCGAAAUCACUUGCCUUAGAAGAGAAUAGUUUCUCCGACCAGUUUGGAGACAAUCCAGUGAUGCAUGUCAGGUUUAACUUUUAUCCACCCUGUACAAGACCAGACAAGGUUCGAUCAUGGAUUACAGUCUUAUUGCAAGAUGAACAAGUGGAAGGCCUUCAAUUUGUUAAAGAUGAAAAAUGGAUCACAGUUCCUGUCAUUCCUCGUGUACUUGUUGUCAACCUUGGUGACCAAAUGCAGAUAAUGAGUAAUGGAAUCUUCAAGAGUCCAGUUCACAGGGUGGUGACAAACACAGACAAGUUGAGGAUAUCAGUAGCAAUGUUUAAUGAGGUAGAGCCAGAAAAGGAGAUUGGACCUGUUGAAGGAUUGAUAGAUGAAAACAGGCCAAGGUUAUAUAGUAAUGUGAAAAUUUAUGCUUCUUUCAACUAUGAAUGCUUUCAGAAAGGCAAAGUACCACUUGAGGAAGUAAAAUUUCAUGCAUAGGGUAUGUGAUCAUCUAGGGAUUAAGGCCUUCUCUCUAGAUUCACAUUUCCAUGCAUGCAUGUGCUGUGAAGUGCCUGCAUCUGCAAGAAUGUACAACUAGUUUUAAUGUUACUGGUGUGACAUUGACAUUAAUAACAAAAAUGGUUGUACGAAA